GUCUCCUAUGUGAUUAGAGAUGAAGUGGAGAAGUAUAACCGAAAUGGGGUAAAUGCACUUCAGCUGGAUCCAGCAUUAAAUAGACUCUUCACUGCAGGCCGAGACUCUAUUAUAAGGAUAUGGAGUGUCAAUCAGCACAAGCAAGACCCUUACAUAGCAUCUAUGGAACAUCACACGGAUUGGGUAAAUGAUAUUGUGCUCUGCUGCAAUGGUAAAACAUUGAUAUCUGCUUCUUCAGAUACUACUGUUAAAGUGUGGAAUGCACAUAAGGGAUUUUGCAUGUCAACACUAAGGACACAUAAGGAUUAUGUGAAAGCCUUAGCAUAUGCAAAAGAUAAAGAACUGGUAGCAUCUGCUGGGCUGGACAGACAGAUAUUCCUCUGGGAUGUAAAUACUCUAACAGCACUGACUGCCUCAAAUAACACCGUAACAACUUCUUCCCUGAGUGGGAACAAAGAUUCUAUCUACAGCCUUGCAAUGAAUCAAAUGGGAACAGUUAUUGUAUCAGGGUCCACUGAAAAGGUUCUCAGGGUGUGGGAUCCGAGAACUUGUGCAAAACUAAUGAAACUCAAAGGGCACACGGACAAUGUAAAAGCUUUGUUGUUGAACAGAGAUGGCACUCAGUGUCUUUCAGGCAGCUCUGAUGGGACUAUCCGCCUGUGGUCUCUUGGGCAGCAGAGAUGUAUAGCCACAUAUCGAGUUCACGAUGAAGGUGUUUGGGCUCUGCAGGUCAAUGAAGCCUUCACUCAUGUUUAUUCAGGAGGAAGAGAUAGGAAGAUAUAUUGUACAGAUUUACGAAAUCCUGAUAUCCGUGUGCUUAUCUGUGAAGAAAAGGCACCAGUUCUUAAGAUGGAACUUGAUAGAUCAGCUGAUCCUCCUCCAGCACUUUGGGUCGCAACAACUAAAUCCUCUGUGAAUAAAUGGACUUUGAAGGGAAUUCAUAAUUUUAGAGCAUCUGGAGACUAUGAUAAUGAUUGUACCAAUCCUAUACCACCUCUAUGUACACAGCCUGACCAAGUUAUAAAAGGCGGUGCUAGUAUUAUUCAGUGCCACAUUCUUAACGACAAGAGACACAUAUUAACCAAAGACACAAAUAAUAAUGUGGCAUACUGGGAUGUCUUGAAGGCAUGUAAGGUUGAAGACCUUGGGAAAGUAGAUUUUGAAGAAGAAAUUAAGAAGAGAUUUAAAAUGGUGUAUGUGCCAAACUGGUUCUCAGUAGACUUGAAAACCGGGAUGUUGACAAUUACUUUGGAUGAAAGUGACUGUUUUGCAGCCUGGGUUUCAGCAAAAGAUGCUGGAUUUAGCAGUCCAGAUGGUUCUGAUCCAAAAUUAAACCUUGGAGGGCUUCUGCUACAAGCACUUCUGGAGUAUUGGCCUAGAACACAUAUCAAUCCAAUGGAUGAAGAAGAAAAUGAAAUAAAUCACGUGAAUGGUGAGCAGGAGAACAGAGUCCAGAAAGGAAAUGGGUACUUUCAAGUGCCACCACAUACACCAGUUAUUUUUGGUGAGGCUGGAGGACGCACUUUGUUCAGGUUAUUAUGUCGGGAUUCAGGUGGUGAAACUGAAUCUAUGCUUCUUAAUGAAACUGUGCCACAAUGGGUAAUUGACAUCACUGUGGAUAAAAAUAUGCCCAAAUUCAAUAAGAUUCCCUUCUACCUCCAACCUCAUUCAUCAUCAGGGGCAAAAACUUUAAAAAAAGACCGACUGUCAGCAAGUGAUAUGCUUCAAGUGAGGAAAGUGAUGGAACACGUCUAUGAGAAAAUCAUAAACUUGGAUAAUGAGUCGCAGACAACUAGCUCUUCCAAUAAUGAAAAAGCAGGAGAACAAGAAAAAGAGGAGGACAUUGCUGUGCUAGCAGAGGAGAAGAUUGAACUGCUGUGCCAGGACCAGGUUUUGGAUCCGAAUAUGGACCUUCGAACUGUAAAGCACUUCAUUUGGAAGAGUGGUGGUGAUCUGACGCUUCAUUAUCGCCAGAAAUCAACGUGAAGGGAGUGGUGGACCCAAAUGGUUACUUAUUUACUUGACCAUACUGUACUGGUUCCAAGAAUAGUACUAUAGAAGCCCACUGAACCCCUAAGGUAGAUGAGACUUCUAAUGACUCAGUAUGGACGGAAAGUAUACAUUUAAUUGAAGUGACUAAUAGAUCUGUAAUAUAGAGGAAAAAAAAAUCUAUAUGAGUUAAACUAAAGUCUGUCCUAGUCUCAGCCAAUGAGAUGGGAAGUCCCUGAGUGGUUCGUGUUGUGUGAGGUGUACAGAGAAUGGAUGAUAAUCCAGUGCAGACUUUUGCUUCCUCCUUUUUGCUUUUGUUUUUCCAGAACAUAAUAUCCUCAUCUGCUCAUGCUUGAUAUGAAGCUGUUUUGGCCAUAGUAGUCGCUGUGUUCACAAUGUAAUUCAGAACUGCACACAAGGUAGUUUUAGUACAUUCCAUUCAUAAAGUUCCUACAAUGAUUUCUCACACUCAAACAUGUCUACCACUUAAAGAAAUUUGGAAAAGAAAAACAACAGAAAAUAGGAAUUGCAUAAUUGAAAGAAUCAGCCUGUUUAAUUGCAAAUGAAGGGUUAACAUUAGACGUGUUUUAAUACUGCAACUCAAUUGUUGCUUUAGAGAGCUAUUGAUGUGCAGAGUAAGAACACUAGAUAAGUAUUGUAGCAGGGUCAGUCCAAUGAUGCUGUGCAUCAUAAUAGAGUGAACAUGCUUUGCAGCAACUUAAGGAGAUUUUUUUUUUUAAAUAUAUAUAACUACUUCCUAUAACUACUGUGUCCUAGCUGUUCUAAAGAUGCAGUAGUCUAAUUUUUGGUAACUGUGCUCCAAAACUACAUGACGUUUUGUUAAAACUUCAGACCAUUCUGAAAAUAACUUCUUAUGUUUAAUGUUAAACUUUAGAAACUUCUCAGCAGAUUUCAUAUUCAUGAUAUAAAAAUACUUAUUCUUCUUUUCUGAAGUUUUAUAUGCAGUUGUUCUUUUGUUAGAGAUUUAUGCGGAUCUUCUUUUCACUGUUAUUUCUAAAAAUCUGUGACUGUCAUAGACUCAUAGUAGUCUUUUAUAGAGUUUAACUUA